AUGAUAAAAGAAUCAGAUUAUAGUAAUCUGGAUGAGGAACAUCCACGCAAGCUCAUUCCCUCAUUAUGUCGUCAGUUUUACCACCUAGGGUGGGUGACAGGCACGGGUGGAGGAAUCAGCAUAAAAAAGGGUGACGAGAUUUACAUAGCCCCUUCUGGUGUACAGAAAGAAAGAAUUAAGAAUGAGGACCUGUUUGUUCAGACGGUGGAAGGUGUGGAUCUUCUAACUCCACCUCCUCAUAAAAAGCUGAAGAAGAGCCAGUGUACACCUCUCUUUAUGAAUGCCUACACAAUGAGAAAUGCUGGCUGUGUCAUCCACACUCACUCCAAAGCUGCUGUAAUGGCCACUCUUCUGUUUUCUGGCACCGAGUUCAGGAUCACGCACCAGGAGAUGAUUAAAGGCAUCAAAAAAGCAUCCACAGGUGAUUACUACAGGUACGAUGAUGAGCUUGUAGUUCCAAUCGUGGAGAACACACCUUUUGAGGAGGACCUGAAGGAUGAGAUGGCGAACGCCAUGAAAGACUACCCUGAUGCAUGUGCCGUGUUAGUUCGACGCCACGGUGUGUACGUUUGGGGAGACACAUGGGAGAAGGCCAAGACCAUGUGUGAAUGCUAUGACUAUCUGUUUGACAUUGCUGUCCAGAUGAAGUCUGUUGGGCUGGACCCCACACAGGUCCCUACACUUCCCACAGGAGCAUAUGUCAGCCAGAGCAGUAGAUAA